GCCACUGAAGGAAAUGGUUAGAGAGGAGUGAGCAGACCAGUCGUGAGUUUCCACGAAAUCUGAGAUUUGACUCUGAUUUAAUCCCCGCUUCACUCUAUAGAGUAUAAAGAAGGGGUUUACGGACGUCGGAGCUUUUCCCCGUCUUUCCUUAAAACACCUGCUGGAAAUUAUAAGGAUAACCUAGGCGGUGUGCAGGACCUGCACAGACCCAUCGCUGGCCCCUGUCGGCACGGCUACUUGGGGACAGGGCUCGUCUGUUAGCCGCUACACCUGCUAACUCCAGAGCUUGUCACCAGUCUCAUUAAGAAGCACUGCUGAACUGUGACAGUCUCUCUGCCCUAACAUCUUGACAAUGAGGUGAAACCGUGUCAAAAAGCCGCAGUGGGAAAAACAUUAGCCGAGAUGUCCAUCACCAACACUCCUACCAGCAAUGAUGCCUGCCUUAGCAUUGUACACAGCCUCAUGUGUCACAGGCAGGGCGGCGAGAGCGAGACGUUUGCCAAGCGCGCCAUCGAGAGCUUGGUGAAGAAGCUGAAGGAGAAAAAAGACGAACUUGACUCUCUCAUUACAGCUAUCACCACCAAUGGGGCUCACCCGAGCAAGUGUGUGACCAUUCAGAGGACACUUGAUGGACGGCUGCAGGUGGCUGGACGUAAAGGCUUCCCUCAUGUAAUCUAUGCACGGCUGUGGCGCUGGCCUGACCUGCAUAAGAAUGAACUGAAGCACGUGAAAUACUGCCAGUUUGCCUUUGACCUCAAGUGUGACUGUGUGUGCGUGAACCCCUAUCACUAUGAGAGGGUGGUGUCUCCUGGUAUAGACUUAUCAGGACUGACCAUAAACAGCUCCGCCGGGCACAGCUCAUCCAUGAUCGUUAAGGAUGAGUUUGAUUUUGACGGACAGCAGAGUGUGUCCUCCAUUGAUGGCAGCCACUCCCUUCAGACCAUCCAGCAUCCCCCAACCAGUAGUCGGCCACCACCGUCGGAAUCAUUUCCAACUCCAACUCUGCUCCCGCCCCCUGAGCCCUCCACCUCUGCCUCAACGGCAUCCUUUCCUGCUGUUGCUGCUGGAUCAGGCAAUCCCACCUCCGCCUGGCCCAGGAACGGCUUCACUCCCACCAUACCCCACCACAGCAAUGGGCAUCUACAGCAUCACCCUCCUAUACCACAUCCAGCACACUACUGGCCAGUGCACAAUGAGCUCGCCUUUCAGCCUCCUAUAUCCAAUCAUCCAGCUCCUGACUACUGGUGUUCCAUUGCCUACUUUGAGAUGGAUGUUCAGGUUGGGGAGACAUUUAAAGUGCCCUCCUCGUGCCCCAUAGUGACUGUAGAUGGCUAUGUGGACCCCUCAGGCGGUGACAGGUUCUGUUUGGGCCAGCUCAGUAAUGUACAUCGCACUGAGGCUAUCGAGAGAGCAAGACUACACAUUGGUAAAGGGGUCCAGCUGGAGUGUAAAGGCGAGGGAGAUGUGUGGGUGCGAUGCCUCAGUGACCAUGCUGUGUUUGUUCAGAGUUACUACCUGGACAGAGAGGCGGGCCGAGCCCCCGGUGACGCAGUUCACAAAAUCUACCCCAGCGCUUACAUCAAGGUAUUCGACUUGCGUCAGUGCCACAGACAGAUGCAACAGCAGGCUGCUACGGCUCAAGCAGCAGCAGCAGCUCAAGCAGCAGCUGUGGCUGGAAAUAUACCUGGACCUGGAUCAGUAGGAGGGAUAGCUCCAGCUAUUAGUUUGUCAGCAGCAGCUGGAAUCGGUGUGGACGACCUGCGGAGGUUAUGUAUUCUCAGGAUGAGCUUUGUUAAAGGCUGGGGGCCUGACUACCCACGCCAGAGCAUCAAGGAGACCCCCUGCUGGAUUGAGAUCCACCUGCAUAGAGCUCUGCAGUUACUGGACGAGGUUCUGCACACUAUGCCUAUAGCAGACCCACAGCCUCUCGACUGAGAUCUUUGUAACAGCAGCAUGUCGCUGCAGUAUACAGUGGCAAUGGAAAGUCUUCCUCUGUGAAUUGUUUUGGGUAGAGAAGGUGAAACUGAAGCUGUCCCACAUGAAUAAAUACUUCCAGGUGUGUUUAAAGCACCUUCUGUGCACUGUGGCCCUAACUUUAGCUCGUGACACUAAAUUAGCGGAAGCAGUUUAUUAAAAAUGCUUAUCCACAUUUUUGAUAGAUGGCUUUAAUUUGGAAUGACUGGAAUGGCUUAAAGUCACACAGCUUCAAAGUAUAAAUCACCAAACAUGCACAAGGUUGACCUGCAGACCCCAUUAAACUGGAAUGUUCACCAACACAACCACCCCACUACUGACGGAUAUUAAAAUCACACGCAGGCAAAAACAUCUGUGUAUUACUGGUUUGUGUUGUGUCAAGUUUUAUUUAAACUGUUACAGACUGCUUUACACUUGGAGAAAGGCACAGGUUCAUUCAGCUGUCAGGCUGAAUAGCAAAGCAGCAGCACCCCCAACACUCAGAGGAGGGAAACCCCUCAACACCAGCUCGAUUCUCACCCAUCCACAAAUGUUGCAGGAGAAAACAACAUGCCCCCGUGCCUGAAGACUGCUUCCAGCUCCCUAACUGAAACAUCUCUGUGGACUUGGGGUUUUUUGUUUGUUUGCUUUUUGGUGUGGUGUUGUCAAAGUACAGGUUUGGACUUCAAGUGAUAGGUGCAAGUCUGUGCCCAUGGGUGUCCUGAUGUCCUAGUUUCACCAGUUAUUAUACAGUGUUCUGUGCAAUGAGCAGAACAUCUGGAUUGGAGAUCUUGUGGCGGGGUGUUUUAUCAUACUAGAAGAGUCUUCUGUCAUGCUAGAUGUUGCAUUUAGAUGGGCGUCAAAGUAACAUUCGUACAAAAGCUCAGAGUCAAGAUUUCCCAGCAGACGUUUGGUGUCUCAAGAAUAACUGAAAAAUAAGUAAUAACGUUUGUUAGCUUAGCACUUCAAAACCAGCGUUACAACAUGCUUUACACCAGACACACACUGCACAUAACAAAAUUCACAUAAGCAUACACAAAUGAUUCAUUUCUGGCAAGAGGCCUUUGUAGAUGAUCAUUCAGUCUUCUUUUAAACCAUGGUCGCCUCCCAUCGGUUUCAGAUACACCCUCCAUAAUGCCGCCAUGAUACUCGGGCUCUGUACCUCCUCACUUUUGUGCUGAGAACACAAAGAGAAAAGCUGAGAUUCUUUGGGUACGAUAAGAUGAGCAGAGCAGAGGCAGACUGCAAAUUUUUAUCUGUGAUGUGCUUGCAGAAUAAUGAGCAGGCUUUGUUUUGGCAAACCAAAGCGAUAAAUACUGAGAAACAGUAUAAAUGUGUGAUCAUGACAGCAUGAAAGUCCAGUCACUGGCAGCUGUUUCUCAACCUCUGUUAGCUGAGGUUUCUUUAAUUGGAUUUUAAAGGCCUAGACCUAAUUGCACUUAAAUACCUUAUGACUUGCAGCCCACUUAUCCAGGUCACCUGUGUGUAGUUUACCCACAAAGAGAAGGAGAGUUUAAGGCGGUUAACAGCAAUAUUGAUAUAUUUUCUUGGUUUUAUUUUUGUUACCUUUCUUUGUAAAUUUUUAGCACUUUACUUUUUUUCCUCGAUUUAAUUCAAUAACCAUUGUUUUGAGGUGGCGAAUGAACAGUAGAGCAAAUAGGCUGGUUUACAGCUAACGCAGGGCUGUGAUCAGGCAGCAUCGUGUGAUGCUUUGUAAUGAAAACAUACUGUAUGCAGCAUUGGGACACCUUUUGCCCUCUCACUUUUCAUUUAAACACAUCUUAGUUUUUCUUUUGGCUUAUCAGACUUUUUUUCCUCUUCUUUUGAUUUGCAGUUUUGUUUUCCUCUUUAAUCCAUGUAAAUAACUUUGCUUUCGAAAUGCAUGUCAGUGUUUGCAUGAAUUUUAAUGUCAAAGAAAGCCCUUUUUAAAAUGGAGUGAUUCAUUUGCUCUGCAUUACAUGCAAAUUAUCAUCAGAAGAGAGUAGAAACCAGCACCUGCUGUGUACUGAUGUUUGUGUGUUGUAGUAAAGGCAAAUAGAGGGAAUCUGCAUAGACGUAACUUACUCAAAUGAUCUAAUGAAUUCAUGUAAAAAUUUUAGCACGUCCUAUUAAAAAAAGGCACCUUAAAGACAUAAAUCUCUGGUUAUUAGCGGUCCACCUCUAAUAAACGACCACUUCGCUUGCAGGUUGAAACCUGAAACGGGUGAAGUGUGACAAACUAGUCAAGAAAAGCGCGUCUGAUGGAUUCUGUUGCACUGUUUGAUGCAAGUUGUCACAUGUUGAUCAGUCGCAACCAUCAACUCACGCUUGUUAUUUUAACACACAAACUUCCGCUCAGUCAUAGCUUCAUGAAAAGGAUUUUUCUUCACGAAUGUCCGUCUGUCCUUUUACUCUUUGUUCACAGGGAUCUUCACAACCCAACAAGUAACCAUAACUAAGCCGUGGUUUGCUUUCCUCAUCCCUGUUUGCAUUAUGUCACCAUCAUUUUGAAGAGCUGUGUUCAAAAAUGUUAAAAUCUUGACACUUCUUAUUAUGGAUCUAAUCUAUUGCAUGGCAGGAAACAGGAUAGAGAAUUUAUGCUGAAGAAUAGAGUCCGUUAUAUGAUGUUGUGCUUUAAGGUGGACAGAUGUUUUUAUAUAACUUGCGGUUAUUAUAGGAGCCAAAAGACAGCUCAGAUGAGUUGAUGCUGACUACUAUGACAAAUUGCAGAUAUAAAGUUUACCUGUAUUUCUUAUGUGAGAGUCUAUAAUUAAAAAUGGCCUGAUAUUCUCUA